GCGACUGUUUGUUCGGCUACUUUUUUAUUUGGCACCUUAAAUUUUUAAUGAAAACAACGACUGUUCCAGAAGACUAGACCUAGGCCUAGCUUUAAAUGCCAAAGAAAGCACGUAUGUUACUGUACCUCAUCUCCGUUUUGGAAAAUUAUGGAUGAAGACCUUAUUUCCAUUUUGAACGAACUUUCACUAACACAUUUAAUAGACGUUUUUACGAGAGAAAAGAUUACUCUGGCCAUAAUAAAUGAACUGUCAGAAGAAGAGUUUCAGCAACUGGGAUUAGAUGAUGGACAGCGAAUUAUUUUGAAAGAGAAAUGUCAGAGACGAAUGGAAAUUGGCCAACCAGGUAGUGAACAUCAAAUCAUUAAACGUUUGUUAGAAUCUGGUUAUAAUGUAGACUCAAUUGCAGAUCACCUGCAAUUAAGCAAACGAACAAUAUUUAGGCGUUUAAAAGACAUGGGAAUUUCUGCUCGUAUGUACAGCGACAUUGACGAUGGUAAUUUAGAUGAAAUUGUUCAUGAUAUUUUAUUGAAUCACCCCAAUACUGGAGAAGUCAUGAUGAAAGGGUAUUUAAAACAUAGAGGAAUAACUGUUCCUAGAAAAGAUUUAAGGAAUUCAAUGAGAAGAAUCCUCUAA